ACGUAAAUUGAGGCCACGGUAAGAAGGAGAAGAUUUAAAAGCUGGUACCGUUUCUUCGCAAGAGUGUCAGCGUAUCUCGACAGAAAGAGAGGGGAGAGUUUGUAAGAUUUGAAUAUAACAAAGACGGAGGUAAAUUUCUACUCUUCCUUUCCAGCCGAAGCCGAUCAAGGUCGAGAGUUCCAACCGUCAUUGAUUACCGCUAGGAACUUUCUUCGAGAUGAUUGAUCUCCCGUGAAGAUUAUACAAACCAAAAAACAAAACCGUGGGCCCAGAAGUGGUUCUCCCCCCCACUUAUAUAAAAGAGAUCCGACCGUCUUUAGAAGAAGGCAAGCCAGUGGAAGUAGACUUCAAGAUUUUUGUGGUUGAUAUAAACUCGAUCAACGUCGAGGACAUGGACUUCCGAGUGGACAUGUUCAUCAGACUAAGCUGGACGGAAACAAGGCUGCGAAUGUCCGAAGAGAUUUUUGAGAUUGGCGAUGACUAUGUGACCUUGCCUCCGGAAUUCUUCGACAAACUUUGGCAGCCUGAUCCGUAUUUUCUCAAUUCUAAAAUCGCAGAAAUAGCGACGCUAACUCACAAAUUCUCCUCGGUAACUUUGUACCGUAACAAGACAGUGACAUAUUCAGCGCGAAUGCACGCAAUUGUUGCCUGCCAGAUGGAGUUCCAAUUGUAUCCGAUGGACAUACAAAUCUGCCCUAUUUACAUCGAAAGUUUUUCAUACAACAGUCAAAAAUUGCAAUUAAAAUGGGCGUCAACUGGCGUGACUGUUAACCCUGAAUUGAAGUUAUUACAGUAUAAUUUUGGAGAGCCUCAAUUAUUGCAAGAGAUUCAUAGUUACGUCACUGAAAAAUUAGGAAAUUAUUCAAGACUUAUAGUCUUCUUCCGAUUCGAGCGUCAAAUCGGGCAUCACUUGAUCCAAACAUUUGCGCCAUCUACUCUGGUGGUAAUGUUGUCAUGGUUCAGCUUCUGGUUGGGUUUAGACGCCAUUCCAGGGCGCGUUACCUUAUUGGUCACCAGUAUGUUGACACUAGUGACGAUGUUCACCGGUUUAAAGACCGACAUUCCACCUGUCGCCUAUGUUAAGGCUCUAGAUUUGUGGAUGGCAGGUUGCAUGGUCUUCGUCUUCGCUUCUCUAAGUGAAUUUGUCGUCGUGAAAGUCAUCGACGCUCGGCAGAAGCAAUUAGAGUUGCAAUUAAACAACUUACGAGCUUAUAGGGCGUCAGUAGAGCGCAGUGUCUCCAUCUGGGACUACGAAGCGUCACUGGACCUCGAGCCAAAGCGCAAGCGCGGUAGCGCGGAUCUUUUGCAGCCAACAUGGCUGGACCUGAAGUUGCUGCGGCCCCAGCGCACUCUGUCUAAAAAAAUCGACUACUACAGUCGGGUUAUUUUUCCCUCUUUGUUUUUACUCUUUACAGUUCUAUACUGGCCCAUAGUUAUCUUCAAAAAACGUAAUUAGUCUAACAGGUUAUGGGCCCAGAAUUUAGUAAUAAUACUUAGAUUUAAAAAAAGAUUUUGUAUUGAUAAAGUAUAUUUACAAGAAAUAAUUAAUUUAAUUAUAAUAA